CCACUACAUCAAUCCAUCCGCCCUGUGCAGCUCGUCAUGGCCAUAGCUGGAGCUGUGCGCAGCGGUGAGGCGAAGCGCAUACCCCUCUGUCACAUUCCCUUUGCAGGGCAGACUCGACAUGGUGGACUGGAGUACAACGAGCUGGGCCAGCUGCUGAUCGUGUGCGAUUGGAACUUGUACAUUCUGACCCCAUCCAUCGGCUUCCUCCCUACCAUCAAGCCAGACACGACAGCUCAGUCUGCGGUCACGUACGACCGAUUCCUCUCCGACUCUGGCUCAGCAACAGCUGCCGGCCCCUCGAGCUCCACCGGCCCCGCUGCCAAAUCCUCAAACAGCAGCCUCGCUACACCACUGCUCAAUCACUACCUUCACACUGUGCCCGUCUCCACCCUUCGUCCAGAGUCCGACCGCACAUCGUUCCAGCAUCGGCCCCUCACAGAACACGACUACGAAGCUGCGGCAGCUCCCUUCUGCCUUCAUGCGUCGCUGCUGUGCUUCAAGACGGCAAAAUGGUCUCCGAGAGGGCUCGGACCAAUGGGAUCUUGUGUCUUGGCUACAGUAGAUUCGGACUUGGAUAUAAGGCUGUUGCAUGCAAAGGGAAACGCCUACAAGGGACCAUACACCAUUCUCGAGUCUUUGAAUGCUGUUGCCUCGACCGACACUACCCUUCCCAAACGUCGACACACCACACUCGGGAGCCAAGUCCUCAACGUAGCCUGGAGCCCAGACCUGAUGCGCAGCAGCCGUCGUCAUCGUCGAGGUCGACCCUCAUCAUUGUGCAUCCUUGCUGCUGCCGCCAGAUCGGGCGAGGUGCUCCUCUGGACCAGAUGGAGAAGCAAGAAUAGCGCUACUCAGCUCCAAGGAGAAGAGCAGGCGGUAAGAGUGCAAGUGGCACGUCGCCCGGUGACGGCAGUUUACUGGAGUGGGGACGUCGAUCAUAGUGCGGAGGAUGGGGGAGCAGAGAUGAUCAAACUCAGCCUGCUGGCCAUUGUGCCCGGGCGCGGUCCGAAACUGAUCGACGUGCGAGUACGCAUCGGAGAGGGCGGCGAGGUGGACUGCACCGCCGGGGGAGCAAGCGUGCAACCACCCAACCUACGCGGUGCGCCAGAGGUAACACUGCUACGAGCCGAGCGGGGCAGAGCCGAUGAAGGAACGAUUUUCGUUGCUGCGACUGCGGGACAAGUGCAUAUCUGGCGCCCCACCAGCGAAGAAAAGUCGCAACCGCCGCCAUCCAAGCGUGCACGCCGAAGUGAAGCCGGACCAUCACUCAUCGAGGACGCAGCGCCCACGGGCGGUUGGACCUCUCUCCGCCUUCUCGGUGAGCACGAGGCCCAACACGAGCUAGCAAAGGAGUGGGAUGAGAGAUCGCCACAUGCAAGGGCGACCUCAUUGGAGAAGACGGGCGAAGAGCUACGCCUCACGCUGGCUUCUGGACUCCAAUACCUCGUGCCUCUCACCGACGAUGGAGCCGCGGGAAAGCAGAGGGCCUUGAUACCCGAGAAGAGCAAGGCAACCACAGUCCUUGUCCCGCGCACGACCUCAUCAGAAGGACUCGUCCUGGAGUCGCUCCUACAGCAAGUCGAGGCGCGACGUAACUUGCCAGGAUGGGCGGCGGACGAUAGCGGCGACCAAUCAGCUCUGCAGAUCCGCGCAGCCAUCCAAUCAGACGACGACAUCAAAGCGUAUCGCUCCCUCCUCAAUCACAAGAGUCGAUGCACCAUGAUGCUGCAAUUGCCAGCGAGCGCGGACGAAGCGCAAGAGGAAGAAGAAGAAGAAGGUACAAUGGGUCACUGCGCCUCCCUCUUCCUCCAAGCCGUACGCCACAGCCUCGCCAACGAUGACGAUCACAAUGUUGGUUUCAGGGCGAGCAGGCCGAGAAGGACUACCAUUCACGCUCUCCGACCCGCCCUCUCGAUCUACUACGCUGCGCUCAUGACUGCACACGACGUGCUGACCGCCUCCGACAUUAGCGUCCAACUGCUCAGCGCCCUUCGAACGGAGCUAAGCUCCUCCUUGUCCCCAUCCACCUCUCCUCCCCCAAGGCUAGUCUGGCUGACCUACUGGGCCCUCCGAGAGCUCAAAGCCCAUCACACGCCCCCGGCGCUGGUCCAGGACUUCGAGGCCAUGCACCUACGCUUGGUGGUCGCGAGGCUAGUGGAGACGCUAGUCCUUCGAGCGGAGAAGUCGCCCUUAGUCCUGGCUAUGGCGCGAGCUGUGCGGGACGUGCUGCAGAGCCGGGGUGGAGCCAACUGGCGUACAGCCUUGGCCCAGAGACUGGAAAAGGUGCUUGGCCGUCGUGCGAAUUCUGCUCCAGAAGCAGAAGUCUGCCCAGCAUGCUCGGCCCCGAUCCCUCUGCCCUCUGCCUCACCUCCAGGGGCGGAGAAGCAGUUCUCGUCCUCCUCUCCGGAUCUUCCUCCCUCCUCCUCCAGCGGUGCCGCAACAAAUACGGACCUGUCAUCUCUCUUACUCCGCCUCGAGCAGGCACGGUGCGAGAAUGGCCAUCUGUGGAAGCGAUGCAGCGUCACCUUUGCUGUGCUUGCAGGAGAUAUGAGGGUGAGGAGCUGCGUGGGGUGUGGAGCGAAAGAGGGCGGUGGCGGGGGGGAUGAUCCUGAGAAGGGCGAUCAAGGGGAGAGGGUGGAAGAGGAAGACGAGGAGGAGGGGGAAGAUGAUACGACUUGUCGGAGGUGCGGAAAUGGGUGGAUCCUCCUGUCGUAGCGUCUACGUGGUAUGAUGGUUCCAAUCUUGAUAUCCGUGAGGCUCUUCCUUGACCGUAGAGACUGCUGGGCCGCUACUCCUCCAACACCUCUAACCAUCCUCUCACGAUAAGCCCCUCUACCUCGGUCCGCCUGACUCUCAUCCUCUCACCUCUCCUCAGGUUCAGCAUCCCCAUUUCAGUCAUGACCUCUCGCGCAUCCCGUGUAGCCACGACGGUGACCAUGAGCUCCUUGGGUGGACCCCACCCGAUGAUACUCCCACCGCCGUCAGCAUGGGAUCUCCCAGCCGCCUGACCCAGAGGGGCGGUCAGGUCUGUAAUGUCGAGUAACUCGGACUUGAAGGCUGUCACGAGAGAAGCGUAAUCGCGCAACCAAGUGAGCUCCUGCGGGGAGAGCUUAGAGCGUACAUCUGCCCGUGCUGCUGCCCCUGCUCCUGCU